AUGAGGCCCUUUACUCUCCCAGCCCUUAUAGUAUGUCUAGUUUUAGCUACUUAUUUGGUGGUUACUGGUGAUAGAUAUCGUCCUAAUGGUAAAGCUACACCAGGUAUAGAGGGCCACACUGAAGGCACCCAGUUUGGUAAACUAAUAGAAGAGCUGCUAGAGUCUAGAGCAAGAGCCUUCAAGCCAACACCAUAUGCUGCUAUCAAUGGUCAUCUGGCUACUGCUAUACCUUAUCUUACUUAUCGUUAUAAGAAGCCUAAUCUCAAGAGGAGAUGGAUGUACACUAUCGAUGGACAAUCUGUGGCAUUAGAUUGGUGUCUUCCUCCUCCUACAGGCAAUGUAAAGGGUAUAGUCAUUGUUUUAGCUGGUAUUAAUGGUAGCUCUACAGAGAGUUAUGUAUGUGAUCUCAUAGAGAAGGCCACCUCCCAAGGGUAUGCUGUAUGUUGUUUGAUAAGUAGAGGGGCGUGUGGUACGACAGUGGUAGGUGGACCUGAGGAAGAGCCUUGUGGAUCUAGGGUUAGUGAUGUUGAACAAGUUAUCAAUAUAUGUCAUGAUGUUGUUACUGGUAGUAGUAGUAGUCUACUACCAGUGAGUAUGAUAGGCUAUAGUCUAGGAGGUAUAAUGGCUACCAAUAGUGUAGCCAGGCUGGGUUCUAAGUUGAAGGGUAAACUCAAUUCAUGUGUAUCAAUAUCAGGUGAGAUAAGAGUAUAUGAGAAAUAUGACUUCCCUGCAUCUGUCGAGUUAUGGCAGCCCCUCAUAGCCUACGAGCUCAAGAGAACAUUAUUGGAUCACAGUAUUGAACGUAGUGGAUUCAAGCCACUAGACCCUAAUUGGUAUGAUAACAUCAAAACUGUUAAUGACAUUGAUAAGGAGAUUAUAGCACCUUCUCAUGGGUUUAAAGAUUGCAUACAGUAUUAUCAUAAUAUGAGUGCUCUUAGUCCAUUAUCUAACAAUAAGGGUAAGGAUAUUGCUAUACCAACACUAUGUGUACAUGCCUAUGAUGAUCCUAUUAUACAUGUUGACUCCUCAGCCUUACUACCUGUGGAUACCUCUAGAUAUCUCUUUACGUUUGUAACCCCUAGUGGUGGUCAUAUUGGAUGGCCUCAAGGAUGGCUACCAUGGACUAAUGGUUUUGCUUGGGUCUCUGAUACUGCUCUAUCCUUUAUGAAUAUGGUCGCUUGUAACACAACUGCUGUUGAUAAGCAUGGAUCAGCAUGAUCUAGUUAACAGCUCGGGAGGGGGGCAUUCUAUAUCCACUCUUUUACUACUA